AUGCAUAAUGAUGCUAGCGACGUCCGCGAAAGUUACACCGUCGAAGGUUGGCUUUUCAAGGAUGUUAAAGAUUUGAGAGUUGAGCAGCGGCAUGAGCAUCGUUAUCGUGAAUCGCUUCCUUCGAUCCAGCCGAAUCUUCAAGGCCUGCGGCAGCCAGCCUUGGUUGGCGCAUUGAGUGCCCUGGCUCUGAGUCACUCACGCCUCUUUGACUCUUGUGUAGAAGAGCCGUACCUGGGCAAGCAGAGACAAGGCGUGAGCAUCACCAACAGGAUCGAGGAGACGUUUGACAAAGGAAUUCGCAUGUUGGAGAAUUUGGGCUGGAGUUGCCGCUCCCAGUCUUGCCCCAACUCCUCAGCGACCUUGCGGGCUGCGGUGUCGGGCCUCUGCCCGCUUUGGAGGCACGCCUGCGCUCUGAGCUCCGAAGUCCGCGAGAGGAUCUGGUCCGCAGUCGCAUGCCAGGCCUUGACUACAGCCCUGUCGCAGUCGCUCCACACCUACGACAGCAGCGCGGUGGGUGAGGUGUGGAACUUCGAUAACGACAGCUCAGACGUAGUGCUAGCCAGCAUGCUCUUGGUAGGAAGUGGCCGAAGCCUUGUCGGCUCUGCGCUUCAGAUCGGAAAGGCCAGGCCCUUUCGCCUUGUGGAUAUCCCGGAGCAUCGGUGCCUAGCAGCCAUCUUCGAUGUGACAUCCGACCUCAUCAAGUUUCAGGCAGAAGCGCUGACAAAGAUCCUUUGGUGCCUGGAUACCUUCGGCAAGCGCAUGCAGGUGGAGGAGUUGGCUGGGCGGGCGGCAGGGCGCCUCGGCGACCUCGAACAGACCGGGAGGCCGCAGCUGAUCGACUGCAUUGGCAUCCUCGGCCCCCUGCAGACGCGAGGAGACUUCGACCAGCAAACCCUGCAGCCGCUGGCCGUAUCGCUGGCAAGGCUCGCCUCAGGCACUGCCGUUGGGCGAUCUUUCGACGUACCAGUGCCACAUCUGGGGCCGCGGCACACUGCACGGGCUUUGAGAGCUCUGGGAGUCCAGGUCUCCACCUUCCAGACCCGCGGCCUCCCGAAAUGGAUCGCUGAAGCGAGGUCACUUGUGGCGGAGGUUUUCGGCGAGGAGGGUCCACUUCCAAUGCUGCCUGUUUCCAAGGAGAGGUCCAAGAUUCCCGUGGUUGACAAGGAGGCAUACGCACAGAGCAUCCAGGGCUUCGGUGUGGACAACUUCGGCAAGAUCGGAGGCCGCUGCCUGAUGAACCAACUUGGCAUCGGCCGGGCAGAGGAGGCAUGGUUGUGUGAGGUGAAGCGCUUCCUGAGAGCGUGGUCUGAAGGUGUCGGCACAGUUUCGUCCGAUUGGAAGGCACAGACGGCGCAUCGUCGCAUCUAUGCCUUUGCCGAGUUCUCCUUUGCCAGCACAUUCCUGCCAGGGAAGAGCCUCUUGGAAGGAACCAUGUUCCAGCUGAACGGACUUCAUGCCGACCCAGAGUUUACAUUCCGCCCGUGGCUCUGUGCUGUGCAGCUGCCCAUAAGCAAGUGGGUUGACAGGAGCCUCUGCGCGGAGUUCCAGCUUCUUGGCGAGGUGUGUGAACUUCUCCACCGCUCGGGCAUAGAUCUGACUUGCCCGGAGCUGAGAUACUCGGUCCACGGCGACUUGAACAUGUACCUCUCGGAGCCGUCCUGCGUGUCCUGCGUUGGUGCAAUGAAGCAAUUCCAGACGCUGCUUCCAGGUGCAAACCUCUUUGUCGAAUGUGGAAGUGUGAUUGAGCCGUUGACGGCUAGAAGACAGCAGCUGAAGACCCGAGGAUCACAGAGGAACGAGGGCAUCCCUCCUUCGGCCUCGGUGUCACCUGACUAG